GUGUAAGGAGCGGGCGUUGUGUAAGCUGGCCCGCCAGCUCCCGGCCCUGCCCAAGCAGGAGGAGGCCAAGCUCCGUCCCCUAGACCCUGUGCUCCACGCUGCGCGCCCCACGGAGUCGCCCGGGUCCCGGUUAGGGGGGCCCCCGAUUUGGGGGGAGGGGGGUUUACAGCGGGUGCCCCCCCGCCUCCAGUCUCAGACCGCUGACUGCCGAGGUGGACCUGCCCCCCUUCUGCACGGGGAUUGAGUCUGGCAUGGCCCCAAAGAAGAGAAGGGCAAAUGCCAGUAAGAUUCAAGUAAGUGAGGAGGACGACGUGGGAGUCCAGCGGGAGACUGAGGAGAAAGGAACGACGGAAAAGCUCACCCAGACGGGAGGCCCCCGGAAACGCCUGACCAAUGUGGCUACUGUGGCUCAAGCGGAGGAGAAAGGGAGUAGAAAGGCAGAAGAAGGGGGAAAAGGAGAAGUUGGGAGCCUGCAGGACGCAGUCCCUCAGGCCCGGCUCCGGACGGCCCCCUCCGCGCUGGCGUUCCGUUACGACGAGCGGCGUGUGAGGUUCAUCUCUCAGGGUUGCCAUCUAAAAGAAGAUGCCAAGGGGGUCGUCUACUGGAUGUCUCGGGACCAGAGAGUGCAAGAUAACUGGGCUUUCCUGUAUGCCCAGCGUCUGGCCUUGCAACGGAAGCUUCCACUGCACGUCUGCUUCUGCCUGGUCCCCUCGUUCCUCGGCGCCACCAUCCGCCACUUUGGCUUCAUGCUUGGUGGCCUGAAGGAAGUGGCUAAGGAGUGCAAGCAGCUGGACAUCCCCUUCCACCUGCUGCCAGGCCUGGCCAAGGACACUCUGCCCACCUUCGUGCGGGACCACGACAUCGGGGCGGUGGUCACUGACUUCUCCCCGCUCCGCCUGCCCCUGCAGUGGGUCCGCGAUGUCAGGGAUGGGCUGCCAGAAGUCGUGCCCUUGGUGCAGGUGGAUGCCCAUAACAUCGUCCCCUGCUGGGUGGCCUCGGACAAACAAGAGUACGCGGCUCGUACCAUCCGGCGCAAGAUCCAUGACCGACUGUCCAACUUCCUCACUGAAUUCCCUCCCCUCGUCCGUCACCCGCAUCCCGCUGAUUUCCAGGCUGAGCCCGUGGACUGGCAGGCGUGCCGGGCAGGGCUGCAGGUGGAUCGCACGGUGGGGGAGGUGUCGUGGGCCCAGCCCGGCACCGCAGCUGGGCUGACCGUGCUGCAGACCUUCAUCGACCAGCGGCUCCGGAUCUUCAGCUCCAGCCGCAAUGACCCCAACAAGGCAGCGCUUAGUAACCUCUCUCCCUGGUUUCACUUUGGCCAAGUGUCCGUGCAGCGGGCCAUCCUGGAAGUGCGGAAACAGCGUCACCGAUACCCUGACUCGGUGGCCAGCUUCGUGGAAGAGGCCAUGGUGCGGAGGGAACUGGCCGACAACUUCUGCUUCUACAAUGAGAACUACGACAAGGUGGAAGGUGCUUACGAUUGGGCCCGGACAACCCUGAGGCUCCAUGCCAAGGACAAGAGGACUCAUCUGUACUCACUGGAGCAGCUGGAGGCUGGGAAGACCCAUGACACACUCUGGAAUGCCGCUCAGUUGCAGAUGGUCCAGGAAGGGAAGAUGCAUGGUUUCCUACGCAUGUACUGGGCCAAGAAGAUCCUCGAGUGGACUCGCUCCCCCGAGGAGGCCCUUGAGUUCGCCAUCCAUCUCAAUGACCGCUUCCAACUGGAUGGACGAGACCCCAAUGGCUACGUGGGCUGCAUGUGGUCCAUCUGUGGCAUCCAUGACCAGGGCUGGGCGGAGCGUGAAGUUUUUGGGAAGAUCCGCUACAUGAACUAUGCCGGCUGUAAGAGGAAGUUCGACGUGGCCCAGUUUGAGCACAAGUACAGCCCCAGGGAAUGAGGCCCGGUCUCCAGACUUCCAUCUCUUCACCCACAGUUGGGUUUCACACAAGUGAUUAUAAGCCAGCCUGUAAUUCUGCUGCUUAGUAGUUCUUACCUCAAAGGACAGCCUACCAGAUCUUUGCUCUGCCAUCCAUCACAGACUCUGACUUCUCCCCAAAGCCGGGCAGUGAGAGCUGAGGCUUUGUUUUACCGGAGAUGGCUUGAACGUUCGGCCGCGGAGGGGGAGAGGAAUUGGGAGCGGAAGAGGGUCUCAAGUCCUUUCCUGGUUGUCAGGUGGCCCUGAUUUCAGUCCCAGCUUUGGCAUGAUGGGAAACAGGAGAAAUUUUGGCUCCACCACACCUGCUGUAUGACUUUGGGCAAGUCACUUGACUUCUCUGUGCCUCAGUUCACUCAUCUGCAAAAUGGUGAUCC